AGUUGGAGUCCUGUCGAGGUAUGUCUUCAUGAGCCACCUGCUUCAUGACUUCACAGUCUCAAUCCUAGCUUGCUUACAACUACUGCGGUUUGGAUUGGGGACACCCAAUUGGGUAGAGAGUCUAAAGACAGAAUGUAUUCUAGUCUUUGGUGCAGAAAUCAAGGAUUUGCAGUAGCUGCUUCACAUUUUGGUCGAAGACUCAUCAGCAGCUCCAGAAUCCUAGCAUGCCAAGAUGAUUUCAGAGUGUCAUACCUGGUUCACUCAUGUGGGUUGUCUCCAGAUGCCGCUAUUGUAGCGUCCCAGAAGGUAAAGUUUCAAUCUUUAGAGAAACCCGAAUCCGUUUUAGCCCUUUUUAGACAAUAUGAAUUCUCAGAUGCCCAGAUCUCAAAUAUUGUGCGGAACAGCCCUAGAGUUCUGGCGAUUAAUGCCCAGAAAACCCUUUUGCCAAAGCUUGAGUUUUUAACCUCCAUAGGUAUGUCAAGGCUCGACCUUGCCAAAACAUUGAGCAACGGCUCAUGGCUGUUCAACCGAAGCUUGGAAAAGAGCAUUAUACCGUGUUAUAACUUCCUCAAGAGCGUGGUGAUAUCGGAUGCCAAAGUCUUGCAUAUUUUGAGGCUCCGGGCAAGGGAUUUGGGGAAAUUUCCAUCAAAGGAUGUUUUAGCCAAUGUUAGGCUUGUUACAGAAUUGGGCAUGCCCCAUCCUUGUCUUGUCCUGAUGCUAACAUUUUAUACUUCUGUUGUGACAAGAAGGCAUGAACUCUUCACUCAAAUUGUUAGCCAAGUAGAAGAAAUGGGAUUUGACCCGGGAAAGAGCAACUUUGUGCAAGCCAUGGUCGCAUUAUCCGGGAGAAAAACAACACGGAGAGUCAAGGAAGAGGCUUAUAAGAGGUGGGGUUGGUCUGAGAGUGAUACUCGUUCUGCGUUCAAAAUGUGCCCAAAUUGUAUGAUUGUUUCGGAGAAGAAAAUAAUGGGAAUUAUGGAUAUCUUAGUGAACAAGAUGGGAUGGGAAUCCGGAAAAAUUGCAAAGUGUCCAUAUGUUCUUAUGUACAGCUUGGAGAAGAGAAUCAUCCCUAGGUGUUCGGUUGCUAGAGUGUUGUUGUUGAAAGGAUUGAUAGAAGAGAAGAAGUUGAGUAUGGCUUCUGUUUGUCUGUCUCCAGAGAAGAUUUUCUUGAAUGGGUUUGUCACCAGAUUUCUCGACCAUGUACCUCAAUUGGUAAAUGUAUACCGAGGAAAAAUGGAUGUGCAGGAUGUAUGAUCUUUAUGACAAUGCAACAAUUCUAGGCUGACUGUUUUGAAUCUGGAGGUGCUGAUCUGCAAAUAUUUCUGUCGUCUUGAAUUAAUUAUGCAAUCCCUUGUUGGUCUUACGCCACUCUUAUAAUUGGUCAUUGGUCAAAGAGGUGAAAAUUGAACAAUAGUUGCUGGAUU